AUGAAUCACCCUAGUCCAACCGGGCGUGCAUAUAGAUCGAAGGUCAACCGGCCGUGCGAUCGCUGUCGAGUCAGAAAGACAGCAUGCGUCCUUCCAGAGGGCCCACCUUGCAGGAGUUGCUUGAAUAAUGGCAAAGAAUGCUCCUUCAAUUUGCGUCCCAGAUUGAAGACGCGGCGCAUGAGUGCAGAAAAUCAGGCUUCCCACACUACUACCUCUCAGGAGAUUCCAAUGACGACAAUGGGAUUUAGCCCUGGUAAUAGCCAGUUGCACCACGAACCAUUGGACCGAGACAUGGAAUACUCCUACAAUGAUCCAAACCAAGUGGGGCCGGGGCACAGCACUCGGAAUGACCCUCAAUCUGAGCUGAUGGGCCGUCAUCCUUCAAUGGAAUAUAUGGAUGACCACCCUAUCAGUCCGGAUGUAGAUUCAUUACAGCAGCUUGGGGCCAUUACCAGUCCUGCAUCGCAACCGGUUCAGCGCAUUCGGUCCCUAGAUCUCAUUGAAGGAUCAAUCGCGCAGUUUUACGGCAUGUCUUCAGAAUCCGAUCCGUGGCUGCUUCGACAUUGCCGAUACGAUGAAUAUGGCAUGCGCAGCAUGCAUCGGACUCAGAUUCGUAAUGUCGGUGGCGUCCCAGUUGACGGGUUGGUACCGGUUCAUUUUCUCGAGACCGAGAGGGAUCUCAUGCUCCCCCAAAGCCCAGAGAUGGAUACCUGCUCCCGGAAGGACACCAUGCAUUACCGGAACGAGCUCGAUGCCAUGGUCUCGCCUACACAUGGCGAGCGGCUUCUAUCUUUAUUUCUUCGAUUUGUGUUCCCAGCAAUUCCAAUAAUAUCCAGGUCACAGCUGGGUAUUUGUUCAUCAGUGUCGACUGCGGCUUUGGAGAAGAUCCCCGUUCAUUUGCUUGCUGCAAUUUAUGCCUCCGCCACCCCAUUUGCGGUUCAUGACCCAGUGCUGUGUAUUUCUGCUGCAUAUGGGGAGCUCUUGUGCGAUAAAUUGUGGGGUAUGGUCUACGAGCUCAUUCUCAAGGAGACUCACACGCCAAAGCUGGCGGUUCUGCAAGCAUCGUUGCUAUAUCUGCAGCAAAUCCCCGCCGGAAGCCUGGAAGCACUCCCAGAUGGCCCAUUCAUUUGGUCUUUCCUUGGGUCUACGGUGGCCCUGGCUGUUUCUCUCGGUAUACAUGUUGAACCCCGGCCAUGGGGGAUCCCUCCGUGGGAGAAGCGCCUACGGAGAAGACUGUGGUGGGCAGUUUACGUCGAAGACAAAUGGCGGAGUCUUCUUACGGGUCGGCCUUCAUUUAUCCACCCUGAGGAGUUUGACAUCUUUGAGCUUAGCGCCAAUGAUUUCAUCCAAGAUGAGAAACCACAAGAACACGACCUUGAUUGCCAGCCAUUUUUCUACUAUGGCACAGGCUUGGCUCGUAUCGUAGAGAAUCUGCAUCGGACAUUUUACACCAUAAAAGCCUCGCAGAGACUUUCAGAUGACUUUCGUGCAUCUAUCGAUGCUGCAAGACCGAUCCGCGCCCAGCUUCAGCAAUGGUACUUAUCGCUUCCUGAUAAUCUUAGACUCAAGCGCAGCUCUGGGGGAAAUAGCCACCCAGCGUCUAACCCAGUUGAGGGUGCCGCUGACCUUCAUUUUUCAUACUUGGUUCUUGAGAUGUUCCUUUAUCGUGCUAUUCUGCGUCCUCUUGCCAGAUCACCACCACCGCCACCGAUAUCAGAUGACACAGACCCAACUUCGAUGGGCUCUUCCUGGCUUGUUGAAGACUUGACAUUCGAUAGACAUGUCUUCGAUCAACUCCCACUCAUGAAUUCCAUGCAGCUUGGCGAGGCUGAAGAGGCUACCCUCAAGGCUGCUGAAAAGUGUGCGGCCAUCAUCGUCAAUUUUGUAGGGGCGUUAGUGCCGCAUGAAUUUGGAUCAUUCUGGCAUCCCUGGAAUCGAAUCUGUUUUGCCGCAGUAUCCAACUUUAUCACUCUGCUUCUUGUCCAAGCACCCACCAGGCAACAUGCAUUGAGAUCGAAGGAUUUGCUUGAUCUGUGGUCACAUACGCUUCGUUACCAGCACCGGAGCCAUGAGAGCCUAAUGAAGCUCGGUCUAGUGCGGCUAAAUCAGAUGCAGAUCGAAGGACUGGAGAACAUUUUCAAUUUGCCUGCGCAUGUAUCCGAUAUUUUAAGGGAUAAACAGCAUAAUUAG